AUGGGAGUUUUAGCUCCUUUGGAAGAUGACGAUCCAUUUGUGCAUACUGCCCGACUCUUGUCUACGAAGUACGUAACCACUUGGAGACUCAAGCCUGACCCUGCAAAUCCUGAGCACAAUGAGCUUUUCUUGAGACGCAGUCGACUGGUCGGACGUGAAUUUAGCUGGUUGGAACCAGACAGAGAACAAUUAUUUUCACCGGCUUCAAACAAUCUCCUGAUCCGAAUUCUCCCCUCCUUGGCGAUGACCUUCAGGCACAAAGGCUGGGUGUCCCUCAGCCUGGACAUCUCUGACGCUUUUCUUACUGAGAUUGCGUCAGCCAUUCAAAGCAAGUAUAAGGCCACCCUUGCAUGGUUGAUUGAGCCCGGUGAUUGCAUCAGUUUUCUUAAGCGCUCGUAUGAGCUGCUGGAUGAGGAAACCAUGGUGAUGCGUCCACACAGCAAGCAUGUGGAGAGAUUGGUCAGCAUGCUGCAUUUGGAGUCCCGACGGGCUAAGGCAACGCCUAUGCCAACCACCGUUCCUCUCGAUUCAACACCACUCGAUGAGGAGCAGGCGGGGACCUUCAGGAGUGCCGUUGGAAUACUUUUGUACUUGGCUCCGGACGCAAUCGAAAGCCAGAACUGCAUACGCUUGUUGUCUCAACAGAUGUCUGCGCCCACAGUUGGCGGGUUGAAGUUGUUGAAACACUUGGUAUGCUACCUCAAGAGUGUUACAGGGUACUGUCUUGCGUUCGGCACGCCUGUGCCGGGGGAUGGAAUCGUUACCAAGGGUAACGCCACCCACUGCCUGGAGCUCUUUACUGAUGCAGAUUGGAGCGGUGAUCGCCAGAGCCGCCGCAGCACGACUUCGAGUGUGAUCGCAUUCAAUGGGCACGUCUUGGCGACAUCAUCGCGAACUCAGAAGACAAUCAGCUUGUCGUCAUGCGAAUCAGAGUUCAACUCUUACGUUAGCGGGAUGGUUGAUCUCAUCUAUGUCAAUAAUGCGAUCGAGUUCUUGCUGGGUGCGGAAGUGCUGAGAUGCACCUUUAUAGACUCGUCCUCAGCGAAGAGUCUAAUUACUCGACAAGGCGUGGGACGAACACGCCACCUCGACGGAAAGCUCCUUUGGGUCCAAGAGUUGUCUAAGCAAGGUUACAUGCAAGUCAGCGGAGUGAACACCCUCCGAAAUCCCAGUGACCUUGGUACGAAGAGCUUGGCCCGAGAAAGGAUUCUGUGCCUCCUUCACAUGCUUAACAUUGUCGAUGUGAACAAUGGCAAUCAAGCUGUUGGCCUUGAUGAGUAUUGUGAAAUGGAAAAGAAGCUGGCCCUGAGAGGCCAGGUCCGUCGGUUGCAGCAGCGUGUGUCUUUGUCUGGACAGAGUGAGGUGCUGAUGAAUGCACUUAGGAUUGCAAUGAUCCUCAACGAGAUCGGUCCUUCGAACGCCUUGAGCUUGGCAGCGGACAUGAGCCCAAUCACGCAAGCUUGGACCGAUGCAAUUUGGUUCGUCAAUCUGAUGUUGGACGUUGUGCAAGCAGCUUGUGAGAGGAUGAUUGUGAGUGCUAUCCAGUU